ACUAAUCACCCCGCCGUACAAAUUAAAUGGAACUUUUUCCACUGUUGUCGGCGGCGAUUAAAUCAUUAGAUAAGUUCUGGAGGGGUUUUCUUUUCGAAUGAAAUCGAAAUUGAUGCACAGAUAACAAUGGAAAGCAUAAUUUAAGCUUGUUAUUAGCAGUAAAAGUGAGGGUAUUUAUGCUCCACUUCAAUUCAAAGGUGGCUGUCAUCAUUGUGACGAUGAUCUCAAGACAAAGCAACUAACUGCGCUUAGCGAUUCGUCAAAUUUAUUUAUGCUAAUGAUGUUGGCGUAAAAAGAUUAAAGCAGAUGGUAUUGUUCUCAUGUUUUGGCAGCGACGGCAGCACUGACCCAUAGAUAACAAGCGACGACCCACCGAUGGAUGGACAAGCAGAUAGUUUAGCCGAAUGUGUGUUUUUUCUCUUGUUUUUUUUUUUGCUUCUUUAUUUUACGCAUUCUUUCACUUUCGGGUCGGCAAAAUUUCUUAAUUUCUAUCGCACACGGCGGAGAUUUGCAAAAUGUUGUAAAAAUAUUAGCUGAUUGCUUUGGCCAGCGCUGCCAUGGGUGAAAUUUGCAUUAUGGCCAAAACGAAAUCUCAUCAAAUAUGUUAAAAUCGGUAAAAUGGAGUUCUGUCGAAUGGAGUGAAAUCAGUCUUCUUAGAUAUUCGGAUUAAAACGGUUGACUUGUGGCGCGAAGUGCAAAAAUACAACCAGAGCGGAUAGACGGAGAACAAAAAUAAAAUGUUGGACAAAUUAAGAAGCCUGAUUACAGUGCUCCUAUUGCUGGCAGUUUUAAUGAGGUAUUCGGAAGGAGCUUCCGAGGAGGAGACCGAAGAUAUUAUUAUUGAACUGCCCAGUUUGGGUAAAAUACAGGGCAAGGUUGUUGAAACCGCUUGGACCCAAAGAGAGGUUGUGCAGUUUGUGGAUGUACGUUAUGCUGAGUCACCUUCGGGAAAGCACAGAUUUAAGGCCCCUCGUCCUGUGGAACCCUGGGAGGAUGUUAUGGAUGCCACAGCUGCAAAAAUUGGCUGCCCCUCCAUUGUGGCAUUGGAAUCGUUACGCAAAUUGGAUGACUUCAUUGACAUUGAGGAUUGCCUGACCAUGACCAUUACCACUCCCAAUGUGAAUGGCAGUUAUCCGGUUUUAGUUUACAUACAUGGAGAGUAUUUCUUUGAGGGCAGCAACUCCGAAGCACCACCCGAUUAUCUCUUGGAAAAGGAUAUUGUGUUGGUGGCUCCACAAUAUCGUUUGGGACCAUUUGGUUUCUUGUCCACCAAGACGGAAGAAAUUCCCGGCAAUGCCGGAGUUUUGGAUAUAUUUUUAGCUUUGCAGUAUAUCAAGUAUUUCAUUAAAUACUUUGGCGGUGAUCCUGAUAAGGUUACAGUGGCCGGCCAAGUGGGUGGUGCAGCCAUUGCCCAUCUUUUGACACUAUCACCAAGGGUGGAAAAGGGCCUCUUCCAUCAGGUUAUAUAUCACUCCGGUUCAGCUCUAAUGCCCAUUUUCAUUGAGGACAAUCCCCGUAAAUUUGCCCAAGAAAUUGCCGGAAAGGGUGAUUGCACGUUGGCGACUGUGGGAGAUUUGAACAGAUGUUUAAUGGAUAUGUCACCCAUGGAACUAUUGGAGGCAUUUAUGGAUCAUGGUAUUGAAAAAUCUGAUUUAGGUGUGGGCCACACUGGCGGUAUCCAGUUUACAAUUGGUGGACCAAGUAAUGUUUUACCCGAACAUCCUUAUGAUCUGAUGCUGAAGAGUAAUUUUUCGUAUCCAGCCAUGGGUGGUUGUCCUAAAAACGCUGGGUCGAAGACAGUAAAUGAAAUUGUUGAAAACGAUUUUGAGGGUAAAAUACCCGAUGAUACCUACACCAGUUUUGAUUAUAUUGAUCAUGUGAUACGACAAGCUGUGGGCACGGAUAAAACAAUGCUCUUGACCAGUUUUAUUACACAUGAUUUCUUUAAUCGCCGGCUAAUGGAGAAUGGUACCUUUGCCACACUGAUACCGAGACUUAUAGAUGUGGCUGGAACCUUGUUACACAAAUUACCUGUUUUAUUGGCCCUGAACAUGAACAACAAACAUGUGCCGGAGAAUACUUUCCUGUACUCCUUCGAUUAUGCAGGAGAAUUUAAUCGCUAUCGUGAUAUGGAUGAGGAACACAACAUGCAAAGUCCUUUCAAGGCUGGUGUAUCGUUGACCGAUGAAGCUUUGUACCUCUUCCCAUACCCAGAACAUGUGCGCAAUCUCAGUCCUCCCGAUGUGGCUAUGGCCAAGCGUAUGGUAGAUUUGUGGACCUCAUUUGUAAUCGAUGGCCAUCCCUUGGGUAGCCAUCGCAGUGGUUAUUGGCCUCCCAUGACCACUUUGUACGGGCCCUAUGCCAAGCUGGAUGAAACUUUGACAAUAGCUGGAAAUUAUUUCAAAGAAUUUUCGGCCACCACAAUGGAUGAGGAACAGGGUCACAGCUUGAUUAGAGAAGUGUAUUACUUGCGGAGGAAUCAUUCGCGCAAACACACAAGGCGAACUACGAAAGUGAAUCCUCGACGAAGAUUUACCAUAAAUCGUCAUCGACUUUUGAAUGGCUCCAGCCGUAAUGCCAAUAUUUCCGCCAUCCAUGUGGGCAAAUUUGUAACCAAAAAUAGUAUAGUACGAAGGCAUCCUAGUAGAAAUAAGGUUAUUUAUAGACAUUAAGAAGUGAAACAAAAUGUUGGAAAAAUUAA